GUUUACAAUGUCAUCUGUAUUGGUAUUAAGUCACAUAGCCAUGUUUAGCAAAAUUUUGUAUCAAACGUAAAGCAUCUGUAGGGACCAGUUUAAUUAAAGAAUAAUCAGUUAAUAACGUGUAUUAUUCUUUAAAAAGUGGUAGAGACGUAUUAAUUGAAAAACUAUAGAACAUAUGAUAAAACAUAAAAAUACACAAUUUAUUUAACUUGUAAAUAUGAAACAACUUUUAACAACAUCGACUAACCUAAUUUAACGAAGUUUUAAAAGAAGAGAUUGAACGUAAGUAAUAGUUGUGUGCAAAAAUUGAAUGGUGAAUUCAUAGAAAUUGUGUUAUAAAGUAAAUAAAUAUGACAGCGGCAAUCAAAACAUUAUGGAAGCAAGCAUUAAAUACGUUUGAAGAACGGAGUAAUGUCGGAUUUAAGCUUUGUCAAAAGAACUUUGACAAAUUGCGGUACUUGAUGAACAAGAUUACAGCCGAAGACGUAAAUUUAAAUAAACAGAUCCUCGAUUUUAUUCAAGUACAGCAUGCUCCGAUGUGGGUAAUUGAUAUAUUUGAAAAUAAAGACUUUGCUAUUUCAAUUUUUAUAUUGAAACAUGGAUUUACAAUGCCAAUACAUGAUCAUCCUGGAAUGCAUGGGUUUUUAAAGGUAAUCAAUGGUGUAGUCGAAAUAAACAAUUAUACUCUGAAGCCAAAUGAGGAUCAUACAAUCAGAUUAAACAAAGAAGUAAUGGCAUAUAGACAUAAACAAAUAUCAUUACACAGCAAUUCACCUGCUUGUACUCUUACACCAAGAGACAAAAAUUUACAUGAAAUUACAUGUAUUGAAGGACCCGCUGCAUUUUUGGAUAUACUUAGUCCUCCAUAUGAUGUAGAUGAUUCUGGAAAAGGUUUGAGACCAUGUACGUUUUUUAAAACUGUUAGUAGUUCCAAGCUAUGUACAGAUUCAGAUAUAGUGGAAGAAGUUAAAUUGGUGGUUAUUGAAGGUCCACCAGAUUUCUAUUCUGGAAGCCUUAAAUACACAGGACCACCUUUAAUGUGACCUGAAGUAUCAAAAAAUAUUUCUUGUUCUGUUUGUUAAAAAGUUUUGCAUUUUAUUGAAUUGAUUUACAUUUGUAAUUAUAUUACAAAUUUUUAAGAAUAUUUAAAUUCUAAUUGAAUGUAUAAUAUUGGUGUUUAUUUCUUGUACUUUUUUGCAGAUAUGUAAGUUUAUGAAUACAUGUAUAUUGAUUAGAUAAGCUCCAUAUAUAAAAGUGAUACAAAAUUUUAUAUUUUAUAAUAUUAGUUUAUAUUGGAUAUAGUUUAUCUUUAUUUAUUGCGGAUUUUGGACUGAAAUUGGAUAUAAUUUGUAAUCUGUGACUCUUUGCAUUUUUAUUGACUUUUUGUAUACAAAAAUGUUAUCUGUAUAAAAAUCACGAAUGUGAAAUGAUUACAUUAUAUUUACUAUUUCGUUGAUACAUAGAAUAAGGAUGUAAACAAAGAAUGUAUUAUAAUACACUUUACAUGUAAUGCAUGAUAAACAAAGGCAUAUGAUAAUUAUUGAAUAAAAACAAAAAUUUUAAUUGUAUAAA